UGAUGGGACCUUGGUGCAUCGGGACAAGCAGAGGGGGGAAAAAAGCAAAAUUUUUCUAAAUUUUCCAAGAGAGAACGUGGGUGAGUGCAAAGCUGUGGUCUCGUGGCCCAGCCCCCUGUGAGAAGGCGUCCCUCGGGUCCUUUGAGGGUUUGAGGGGGUCUGUAGCUGGCAGCAGGGUCCCUGACAUCAGUGUUGUUCCCCGGCUGCCUGCUGUCUCCAACCAUGAUGGCUGCACAGCUGGUCGUAGCUCUGCUGGCUUUCACCUCCCUGAGCGCCGCGUCCGAGCCGGACUGCAAGGAGCUGGUGAGGCCUCUGGUGCUGGACAGCCACAGCCCUAUCUACGGAAAGUGGAUCCUCCACGUCGGUUCCUGGGACAAGCACGACCUGAAGACGGACCUGCUGUCGGUGCACAGCUCCUGGGUGGAGCUGUCGCCCACCUCCGACAGCGGGGUCAUCUCCCUGUACUGGGCCGACCGUCUUGAAGAGAAGUGCCUUCAGGGCACGGCGAACAUCACCAUAUCAGGAAUAACAAGCCACACCGCCUUUAUAAUCAACGGCCACACUUCCUAUCACGACGGGAAGUAUUAUGGGACAUGCAGCGACUGUCUCCUGUCUGAGGACACCACCCUCCUCCCCGACGGCAAAUCAAAGGGCCGAUACCUGUUUCUGUUCACGCGCACUGGAGCUCUGGAGCCGUCUGAGCUGGAGACCUUCAAGAAGCAAGCAGAGUGUCUCGGGUUUCUCCCUGAGCAUCACUUCGUAAGCACAGAUCUGUGUCCAGACGACAGGGAGAGCACGACGACCGCUGCUGAGAAAACAGAGGAGGAUCAAGCUGAGGAGGCUCAAGCUGAGGAACAGCCAGCUGAGAAUUAGAGGACAGAGAUGUCAGAGCUCUGUGGGGAGCGUCCGCGUCCCCACGAGAGUCCAGCCUGAACUAAACCGCAUUAUCACCUCGCAGCAGAGUUAAAGGCCUUUAGAUCAACUCGUCGUAGUUUAGCCUCCACAAUUAAAUCUUGUUAAACUGAUUUAGUUUCAAUUGUGUGAUUUUGUUGUUGUUUUUUUUGCUCCAUUUGGUGAACGUGGUGAAUAAAAGCUGUUUUUAAUCUCUCUG